UCUUCUUCUUAUGAGUGUGAAAGAAAGGGAUCAGAGAAUGGAACUUCUGCUAAAAGAAAAGGUGGUGAACAUGUUGAAAGCAUAUGAAGGAGGUAUGUACGAAGAGAUGGCUAAGUUUGGGGCAUAUUUCAGAUCAAAGUGUGGGAUAUCUCCCAGCACUGCAAUAUCAGUCAUACUGGGCUGUGUUUGCCUCUACAUGUUGGUGAAGCGAAGCUGGGAACCAAAGCAAACGGCAAAGACAAAGCCUAAGAUUCUUGAAAGGUCCAAGUCAAUUGCGAAGCUGUAUGGUGGAGAUCUUGCAUUGACCAGACUUGACGACUACAAUGCAGCUGUGACCAUACCCUGCUUUCUGGAACGCAGUGAUCUUGUUUUGAAGGGUCUGCUUGAGGAAGAACACCUUGACUUGAAGAAGCUCCAGAGUGUGACGGCAAGGCUGGAGAUGGCUGGGAGGGAAGAAGAAGGAGUGAGAUUACUGAAAGAAGCAAAAACGAAGAAUGCUCAAAAGUCUCACCAUGUUUACGAGAUUGACAUGUUACUCGUCGAAUUGCUCAUCUGCAUGGGAAAACUUGACGAGGCCAAGGGCUGUGCAUGCCUGAACCAGCAAAAAAUGAUGGCAUUUGAUGCUCGACGUCCGCUCUUCAAGGCAAUAAUAUAUGGAAUGCGUGAGGAUUGGGGGAAAGCAGAAAGUUUUUGGAAUAAGUUCGUGGAUCUGAGGGAAGCAAUAAUGACAAUGGGGGGGCAGGAGGAACUGAAGCCUGAAAUUAGGGAUUUCAGGGACUUUGAGGAGAAAGUGAAAGAUUUUCAUAAGGAAAUUGAUCGGAGGUCGUCGCAGUUUGCAAGGCUGCACAGUGGGGAUGUUGCUUUGAGGAGACUUAAGGACUUCAAUAAGCCCCUACCUAAUCAUACUUCUGAACCCCCAGCUCUUGUUUUGAAGACUCUGCUUCAGGAACAACCUCUUGACUUGAAGAGGCUCCAGAGUGUGCUAGGAAGGCUGGAUAUGGCGGAAAUGGGAGAUGAAGAAGUGAAGUUACUAAGUGAAGCAGCCAAAAUGAAAAAAUCUGAAGCUGCCAAAUCUCUUGACGCUUACGAGCUUGAAAUGUUACUUGUUGAGAUGCUCAUCUAUAAGGGAAGACUUGAUGAAGCCUUGCAGUGUCAAUGCUUGAACCGUUCACAAAAGCCACUCGAAGUCGACGCUCGCUCUCCACUCUUCAAGGCAAUUAUAUAUGGAAUGCGGGACGAUUGGGGAAAGUCUCAAAGAUUUUGGAAUGAAUUCGUAAAUGUGAGGGGAAAAUCUAUGGCAAAAGUGGGGCAGAAGGGCCUUGAUGAGAUUACUAAUUUCGAAAUGUUCAAAGAAAAAGUCCAACAUUUUCGAAGUGAAAUCGCCAAGAAAAAUCCUUGAACAAUACUAUGAUGUCUCAGUGUCAUGCAAAUAUAUAAAAAGGGAAGGGACAAAAAAGAGAAAAAAGAUACGAUUAGUUUGGAAGCAGAUCGUACCGAUUUCAAUAAUGUAUUUUUAUUUAUUUAAUCUGAUAAAGACAUGUAUGAAUUUAUUCUACAUUCAUAUUUAUUUAUUUUUUCAUUUUAACAAUUUGCUUUUUCA